AUGUUUGCAUCAGCUCUAUUCCCCUCCCGCGCCUCCUCGUCGACGUCACACCCUGCCACCCACGCUUCCCCUCGUCGACGUCACCGUGCCCCAUUACGUCGCUACUUUUACGUCUUCGAUCGCACUCUUCCUCAGUUGUCUCCCCACCACUCCCCACUCUCCUCACAGGGUUGCCCACUCGAUCGCCCUGGCUUCGUCCUACUGCCGACAUCGUGUUUGAUUGUAUCGCCUUCCGCGUCCCCCACGCUUCCCCCCACCGCCCCCCACACUUCCCCCCACCGUCGCCAACGCUUCCUCCCGCUGUCGCUCACACUUCACUCCGUCGUUGCCCACACUACCCCUCCCGUCACCCACCUUCACCGCCGUCCACGCUUCCCCCCUGUCGCCCACGCUUCCUCCCACCGUCGCCCACGCUUCCUCCCACCGUCGCCCACGCUUCCUCCAACCGUCGCCCACGCUUCCUCCCACCGUCGCCCUCGCUUCCUCCCACCGUCGCCCUCGCUUCCUCCCACCGUCGCCCACGCUUCCUCCCUCCCUCCUCCCAGCUUCCCCCCUCCCUCCUCCCUGCUUCCCCCCUCCCUUCCCCCUGCUUCCCCCCUCCCUCCUCCCUGCUUCCCCCCUCCCUCCUCCCUGCUUCCCCCCACCCUCAUAGAGGUGAGCGUCAUGCACCAGCGCAGCAGAGUUGGGAACAAGCUCAUUUUAUAUUCACCCCCUCUUCCUGCCUCCACCCGACUCCUUGCAGGGCUAUUUGGCGUUCAUUCACAUCCGGAAGGAGGAGGGUGGGCGCAGGUGCAACUAGGGGGCAGCGCAGCAGACUUUGGAACGAGCUCACGUUCCCCAUGCCCCGUGCUCUCUCGACUUCCCUUCUUAUUCCAGACCUAUCUGGAUUGCAUUCACAUUAGCAAGGAGAAGGGUGGGCGCAUGUGCAUGUUUAUGCUUACGCAAGCAGGAGGACCAUAG